AACCAGCAGGCGUUGGGGAGGGGCGGGGGGGAUAUAGCGGCAGCAGCAGCCCAGCCCUCUGAGGGACAGCAGGAAGGAAGGGAGGGAGGGGGGAAGCUGGGGGGACAACCCCCCAUCAUUCCUACCGCUAUGGGCCCAACCUCCCAUUCCCACCUCCCCUCCAUCGGCCGGGGCUAGGACACCCCCAAAUCCCGUCGCCCCCUUGGCACCGACACCCCGACAGAGACAGAGACAGCCAUCCGCCACCACCGCUGCCGCAGCCUGGCUGGGGAGGGGGCCGGCCCCCCAGGCUCCCUGCCCCAUUGAGUUUGGCCGGGGCCGGGUUUGAACCCACCACGCUCGGUAUAUGGGGCUGGCGCCCUACCCACUGGGCCACAGGCCUGCCAGGUGACAGUGUGACUGAGUGGUCAGGAACACAGGCUGCUUAGAUUUAAUCUAGAAACUGUUGCUUAGGAGCUGUAUGUCCUCAGGUAAGUUAUUUAACUUCUCUGGGUGUAUUUCCUAGAAAAUGUACAUAAUAAUGGUAUUUUAUAGAUUACUGUGUGGAUCAUAUUUAAGAUUUAACUUAGUGUGUGACACACCUCUUGGGAACAAGACACAAUUGGAAGAGGGACGUUACCUAACUAAUGCAAUCAGUGUAACCUGGUUUCUUGUACCCUCAACGAAUCCCCAACAAUAAAAAAAAAAAAAAAGAUUUAACUUAGUAUAUAGACCUGGACUGUUCAAUAGAAAUAUAAUGUGUGUGUAUGGGCGGCAUCUAUGGCUCAAAGGAGUGGGGUGCCGGCCCCAUAUGCCGGAGGUGGUGGGUUCAAGCCUGGCCCUAGGCAAAAAAAAAAACCUGCAAAAAAAAAGGAAUGUGUAAAAAAAAGAAAUAUAAUGUGAGCCACAUAUGCAAUUUUUAAUUUUCUGGCAGCCACAUUGGAAAAGGUAAAAAGAAAGUGAAAUUAAUUUUAAUACUAUGCUUUGGUGAACCCAAUAUAUCUAAAAGAUUAAAAUUUCAAAAUGUAAUCAAUAUAAGAUUAUUAAUGAGAUAGCUUACAUUCUGUUUGUCAUUCAAAGUCUUUAAAAUCUGAUGUGUAUUUUAUAUUUCCAGCAUAUCUCAAUUCUGACUUGCCACAUUUCAGUGGCCAAAUAUGGCUGGUGUACCAUAUUGGACAACACAAAUAUAAACCGUUAUAAGAUCUUUACCAGCUACAAGUGUUAGCUAUCAUUAUUACUGACAUUUAUUAUCAUGUGUCUGUGUGUUGUGGAUGUUCAUGUCUCAGUCUCUUUGCCUGUCUGAAUACAUCUGGAGCCUUCAGGAAGAGUGGUUGGAGAAUAGUCCUGUGCUUCCCAUCCCUGUUGCCCCCAUCCUAGAGAGACUUCCUGGGAAGGUGGCCAGAAUGGAGCUGUGGCCAGGGGCAUGGACGCUGCUACUGCUGCUCUUCCUGCUGCUGCUCUUCCUGCUGCCCACUUUGUGGUUCUGCAACCCCAGUGCCAAGUACUUCUUCAAGAUGGCCUUCUACAAUGGCUGGAUUCUCUUCCUGGCUGUGCUUGCCAUUCCUGUGUGUGCUGUGCGAGGACGAAACGUCGAGAACAUGAAGAUCUUGCGUCUAAUGCUGCUCCACAUCAAAUACCUGUAUGGGAUCCGAGUGGAGGUGCGAGGGGCUCACCACUUCCCUCCCUCGCAGCCCUAUGUUGUUGUCUCCAACCACCAGAGCUCCCUCGACCUGCUUGGGAUGAUGGAGGUACUGCCAGGCCGCUGUGUGCCCAUUGCCAAGCGUGAGCUACUGUGGGCCGGCUCUGCUGGGCUGGCCUGCUGGCUAGCAGGCGUCAUCUUCAUCGACCGGAAGCGUACGGGGGAUGCCAUCAGUGUCAUGUCUGAGGUUGCUCAGACCCUCCUCACCCAGGACGUAAGGGUCUGGGUUUUUCCCGAGGGAACAAGAAACCAUAACGGCUCCAUGCUGCCCUUCAAACGUGGCGCUUUCCAUCUUGCAGUGCAGGCCCAGGUUCCCAUUGUCCCCAUAGUCAUGUCCUCCUAUCAAGACUUUUACUGCAAGAAGGAGCGCCGUUUCACCUCAGGGCGAUGUCAGGUGCGGGUGCUGCCCCCAGUGCCCACAGAAGGGCUGACACCAGAUGACGUCCCAGCUCUGGCUGACAGAGUCCGGCACUCCAUGCUAACCGUUUUCCGGGAAAUCUCCACUGAUGGCCGGGGUGGUGGUGACUAUCUGAAGAAGCCUGGCGGGGUGGGCGAAGUGCGGCUCUGAGCACCCCUCCCAUCCAUCCCCAUCUUCCUUCCCACACCUGCCAACCCAAUGGGCCCAAGCCCUCAUCUUCAUUUCCCAUCUCCUCACUUAUUCUCCUCUUUGGAAUCUUCAACUUCUGAAGUGAAGGUGGAUACAGCACCACCACUCCCUGCCCUUUCCCACCCACCCCCAUGGAUUCUUGUGCCUCAGUGCAGUCUCUGCUCUGACCCCCAUCUCCUGCCAUCUUGUCUGUGGGACAGUUGCCUCCCCCUCAUCUCAAGUGGCUCAGCCUAAACAAGGGUAGGGAACAUUCCAUCCCAUCCCCUGUAGACUUCCUUUGUGGUCUCUCCCUCUCCAUCCAACAUUGGCCAGUGGACUCAUCCAUUCUGUGGAACAAUUCUCCCCCUACCCCAAGUUCAUGGAUUCAAUGGACUCAUCUAUUUGGGAGGAGGAUUUCUCACCCUGUGGCUGGAAGCUGAUACCUGGAACACUCCUCCCAGGCUCAGCCUGGGGACUUUCCUCAGCACCUUCACCUUCCUUUCCCGUGGAGCCUCCUGUCAGUGAGGGCUGGACUCUUCUAACUCAGAGAUUUCAUCCCUGCCCUUGCCCAGAUGCACAGGGCUGUGCACACUCCUGGAUUACAGUUCGGUCUCCGUAUUUCUGCUUCUCCCUGUCCCCAUGGUACAGUUCUUCAGUGGUCUUGGCCCUACCCAGCCCCCUACAGCCCUGCUGUACCAUCUAACCAGACACAGGGGAAGAGGCAGACAUCAGGUGCUGCACUCAGCUUCUGCUUCCUGGGGAGUUUGGGAAAGGAACUGAACCCUGGCUGGAGGGGAUAAGAGGGCUUUUAAUUUAUUUCUUUUUCUGUUUGGGGCUUCCCCCUCUCUAAGCCAGUUUUCAUUUCUUCCUGGUGGCAUUAGCCACUCCCUGCCUCUCACUCCAGACCUGUUCCCACAACCAGGGAGGUAGGCUGGGAGCAAAGGAGAGGGUGGGACUGAGUUUUAUGUGGUUGGUUUUUAUUAAUUAUCUGGAUAACAGCAAGAAACAGAAAAUAAAGAGAGAGAGAGA